AUGGUCACUGACAGGCGUCUANGUCUACUUUCGAGAGCACACGGCAAUUAUCUUGCUCAAAUCAACAUCCGUAUGAACGAGCGUGCAGAACAGACCAACGAUGUUCUAGGCAAGCUCACCGUUCUGGGUACCAUUGUACUUCCCAUGAACAUUGUCACCGGAAUGUGGGGAAUGAAUACGAAGGUACCUGGACAAGACGGCGAGGAUUUGACCUGGUUCUGGGGCCUCACAGCUGGUCUUUUCGCUUUCGGAAUGACCAGUUACUUUAUUGCCAAAAGAGUCUAUGGCAUUGUCUAG